UAGAUAGCUUAGCGAACCAGUUUACAUCUCACGGGCCGCCGAUUGCGUUUGAGUAAUACAUACAUUGAGCCGACGACCGGCAGUCUGAUCGGAAUCAGAUCAUCGGAUUCUCUCAAAUUUGACGACUGACCGGUGGCGGAUGGAGAACGCCGACCACUUCGGAGCAUCCACGGCGCCUCGGUCGUGGCACAACUUCUUGGAGCGCAUGCGGCAGCCCUCCGCCGCCGAUUUCGUCAAAGCCAUCAAAAGUUUCAUUGUUUCAUUUACAAACAAUUCUCCUGAUCCAGAAAAGGAUAGCGAUACAGUGCAAAAGUUCCUUAACAACAUGGAAGUUGCUUUCAAGGCACAUCCACUUUGGUCUAGUUGUUCAGAGGAAGAAUUAGAAAAUGCAGCUGAAGGACUGGAGAAGUAUGUCAUGACGAAGUUAUUCACCCGUGUAUUUGCUUCAGUGCCUGAAGAGGCACAACUUGAUGAGCAUUUGCAUGAAAAGAUGGCCCUGCUUCAACAAUUUGUUCGUCCUGAAACCUUAGAUAUCAAACCGGCAUUUCUGAAUGAAUCAUCUUGGUUGCUUGCACAAAAAGAACUACAAAAGAUCAAUAUGGUCAAGGCUCCCCGGGACAAACUAGUUUGUAUCUUAAGCUGUUGCAAGGUUAUAACCAACUUGCUACAUAAUGCCUCUCUUACUUCAAGCGAAAACCCUCCUGGUGCCGAUGAAUUUCUUCCCGUCCUUAUAUAUGUCACUCUGAAGGCUAACCCUCCACAACUGCACUCCAAUUUAUUAUACAUCCAAAGAUACAGAAAGCAAUCUCGAUUAGUUUCUGAAUCGGCCUAUUAUUUCACAAACAUGCUAUCGGCAGAGUCUUUUAUUUCAAAUAUUGACGCCAAUGCCCUUUCAAUGGAUGAACACGAAUAUGAAAAGAACAUGGAAUUUGCUAGAACUCUUCUCUCCGGCCUUUCAGCCUCCUCAGAUGAUCUAAAGGAGACCACUGCACCGAAGCAAAUUGAUUUAGAAACAAGAAAGCUUCAAGGCUCUGAAUUGUCCUCGGACUCAAACAAGGAUGAAGAAGCUUCUAGAAAAGAUCAUCCCCCUCUGAUAAACAAAAUUCCAUCUGUUUCAGAUCUGGAGAAUAAAGGAGCAUCCAUUAUCUUGAAUGAGGAGGUCGAUAUGAACAAAACUUUUGGAAAUUUCCCAUAUUUUUUCUCGCAGGCUGGAGAUCUGACCGUCACUGAUGUAGAAGGCCUCUUAGAGAAUUAUAGGCAGCUUGUUUUCAGGUACGCUUGUCUUUCCAAAGGGUUGGGAAUUUCAAAUCCGAUCCUGCCAAUAUCUGGUUUGGAAACUCAAUCACACGACGAGACGGGUGAAAGCGUGAAAAGAGAAAUGGGGAUUGUUGGAGGAUCAGAGAGUUCGAUGAAUGGUUCAGAUAGAGACGGUAAUAAUAGUACAAGUGAAGACUUGAAUAACUUAUUAAGGAGUGUAGAAGAGAAUUUAGAAACACCCUUUGUAGAGGAAGCUAUCACUGCGGAAAGUAAAGGGAAUGACAAUUCGAGUUGAAAGCACCUUGACUGAAGUGUGUGGCGAAAGAAGGUAGGAUGUGUUAGCCUCAUAUACACAAAAAAGUUUGUUGUUAAAUCAAAAUAUUUGGAGGGAUAGUUGAGUUGAAUUCCCUUUUACGACAGUAAAAAUGUUUUGGCUUUUGAUUGAAGAAGAGAAGUAAAAUUAUGAUGGAAUGGAUUAGUGGUUCAAGUGAAAUAAGGUUUUAUGAAAUGUGGAGUCCUUUUUUUUUUUAUUUCAUGUAAACUUUAGGAUACCUAUUUAUUAAUUAGAAACCCAUGUGAUUGUCAUUUUC